GAUAUACAUCAAAUAUACCAUUAUACAUUAAGGUAAAACGUAGUGAUUAUUAUGCUCUUUGCAUUAAGGAAGAGUGGAAGAUAUAUGUAAAAAGAUGAGAUCUAUGAAAGAUCGUGAAAAAUUAUAUUUGACGCCCUUUUUCAAUUUCAAUUGAUUUCAAUGAUCUAUUUCAAAUAACUCAACCGAAAUAGUAAAAUAAGUUGACUCAACCUCUAUAGAUGAAACUGGCAGGAUUGACAACCAACUGAAUAUAAUGAAAGUUUUUUUAACUUAACCUAUAAAGUACUGUUUCGAUUUUGAAUUUUUGCCGUGAUCACUCUAGAAAACAACACUGGAUAUUAUGUAAGAAAUAAAUGAUUAUUCAAAGAUUCUAUAAAUUGGGUCUCCUUUAUUGGAGGCCCCACUCAAACAGAUGUUUUUCGGCCGUAAGCAAUAUCGGUUCUUCCAAACUAUGUAAAUACUUCGGUAUCACCCAAGAACAAGCAGAAUUUAUAUGUUUAAAACAACCGUACGUUAAUAAAUUAGACGAAUCUACCCUGAAGUGCCUAAUUGACACAGUGCGUGAUCUAGGAUUUACAAAAACAGUUUUAAUUAAGGAUCCACUGUUGUUCAGUAUAUUGCCUAUCACAAUGAAAUUUCGACAUAAAGUUUUGGAUGAAUGUGGAUUUGAAAACAUAACACCAAAACACAUAUUGACAUAUUUGCAAUUAGUUAAACAAAAAACGAUAGGACAACUAAAGAAAUCUGGAGAGCUAUCAACUAUAUUGAAUGUUGAAAAUAGAUUAGCAAGUUAUAUGACACAAUGGCCUACAUCUCUGACUACCUUAAUAUAUGGAGACAUUAAUGAAACAACAAUGUAUAGUUUAAGACUGAAAAUAUUACAACGUUAUCUAGAAUUAAUGCUAGAUUUAAAUGAAGAUGAAUUCCAAAGAGGCUUAAAAACUUACCCAACAAUUAAGCAUCGGCCACUAGAAAUUAUUAAUGAAACACUCAAUAUACUGCAGUCAGUGGUCAGGAUACCUGAUAAGAAAAUCAAAGCUAAUUUGUAUCUUGUGCAUGUUGAUCCUGAGAACCUAAAGAAAAUAAUAUACAAAGUUUGUUCUAUUGGUGGCAUUGAUAUAAAAGAAAUUUUGAGACUUCAUCCUAGAUUAGCCACCAAGAAAUAUGAAGUGAUGAUAGAAACAAGGAACAUUUUGCAGGAAUACGGCAUCACUGAUGAGGCCCAGAGAAGGUGUUUUGAUAUAUACACCCUGAGUCCAGAUACUGUUAGAACAAGACUCAAAGAAGCUAAAUCAAUUCCCGAAUUUCAAACAUUCUUGAAUCAUCCUAGAUUUCUUAAAAUGAUUCACUAUAAAAAUACGGCUAUGCAUAGAUUGAGAAGCUUGUAUGACAAAAGGAAAAAAUGUUUGAGUCUUAAUAUACUUUCUGGUAGCUCAGUUCAAUAUUUGACCUAUGAAAGAGCUCCUGGAGACAGGCUGGGCAAGGGGAAGGACCUCAUCUUUUGCAUCUCACAAUCUCUUGGAGAUAUGUACAGUUCUACUCAAAUUAGGAAUAUGGUCAAGAGACAUCCAUUUUGGAUUAAUGUGCCUCUGGUGCAAGUUAAAUUUGUCUACCAGCAGCUAUCCAGAAACUUUUGUGUUCAAGAUAUUUAUGAAAACUGUCCUAUUCUGUUAUAUCCCUGGACUAAAAUAAAGAAACUUCUUGAUAUAUUUGAGGCAAAACAAAAACCUACCGAAUCAUUAUACAGCAUUGAACUACUAGACUUCACCAAAUUAGAGAAAUCCCAAAAAUUGAGUUUAGUUUUAUAUUAUUUAGAAAAGAAUCACUACUUUUCCGGUAAUGGUGUCUGGACUGAAGAGAAAUGUACGAAUAAUUGUAAUGUCAAAUUACCAAGAUGUAAGACAUAAUCUUAAUCGUACGGUAAAUACAAUGUUGAAGUUAAUUGAAUUUUAUUACAAAUUUUAGUGUUGGUUAAGACAAGUCGUUUGAGUCCUCUGCUUUAAGACUCGACUCAGUUUUUUAGACUCUCAUAAUUAAGAUGAAACUCUAGUUCUUUGCAACUUAUUACAGACUCGAGUCUUUUGUACAAAUAACUUUACAAAUAACUUCGUAUUUUUUACAAAUAACUUUGAAAUGUGUCUUUAUGUAAAAUUCAUGCAUGUACAUAACAUAAAUCAUACAAUAACGCCUA